AUGUUCCUCGACGGUCGUCUGUCCGCGCUCUCCCUUGAGGAGAAGCACGCCAAAGCUGCAAAAUCCCUUCUGCCAGACGGAAAUGCCCCAGUGAGAUCGCCGUCACCAUCGCCAUCGCUGGCCUGCAUCUACCGCCGCACCCCGACCCCCACCAUCGUCCUCGAUGCCUCCAUGACCGUUGUCGAGGUCUCCGAUAGCCAUCUCGCUUUCUCUGGGAAAACGCGCCAAUCUCUGCUCCGCGCGACCAUCAGUGACAUCGACCCUGCCGCCAUCCCCGCUCCCAACAUCCCUACCCUUUACGGUGCCUUGCGCGCAGCCUGCUCGACCAAGGAAGUCCAGGUCAUCGAGAGGAUUUUGUCCCCCGGCAAGAUCAUACACAACCUUCGCGUCACUCCCAUCUUCGACGAGUCUACCUUGCUCUACAUCGUUUUGGAGGCCCUCAGGCUCUCCGAAGAGACCUACAGCACGCAGCAUGCCUACAUGAACGAGACCUACAGGAUCCUCGUUGAUACUGUCAAAGACUACGCCAUCUUCAUGCUGGACACCCACGGGAACAUAACCACCUGGAACUCGGGCGCUGCCAUUUUGAAGGGAUGGAAAACCGAGGACAUUAUUGGUCGACACUUUUCUGUCUUCUACGGCCCCGAAGAUCGCAUGGCGGACAAACCGAACCGGGCACUCGCCGUGUGCUUGCGAGAGGGCCGUAUGGAAGAUGAAGGCUGGAGAUAUCGGCGCGACGGCUCGCGAUUCUGGGCCAACGUGCUCAUCACCCCCGUCCACCAGUUCGGCCAACACGUCGGUUUUGUCAAAGUCACUCGCGACCUCACUGAGCGCAAAGAAGCCGAGGCGCGCAUGAUUGCCGCCUUUGAAGAGUCGUCGCGCCUGAAAACAGACUUCCUGGCCAACAUCAGUCACGAGAUUCGCACACCUAUGAACGGAAUGCAGAUUGCCAUGACCAUGUUGGCCGAUACCGGUCUCUCUCCGCCACAGAAAGAACACGCCAACAUCAUCCAGGACUCCAUGUCGAUCUUGCUUCAAAUCGUGAAUGACGUGCUUGACUACUCGAAACUCUCGUCCGGCUCCUUCUCGCUGCAUUCCGAUGUCCUGGACGUCAACGACGUGGUUGGAGCCGUCGUACGGAACUGUCGACCACUGUUGAAACCCGAGGUUGUUUUGACGACAUCCAUCCCACCCGACUUUCCCAAGCGUCUUCGCGGAGAUCCGCUACGAUACCGCCAGAUCUUGCAGAAUCUAGUGGGAAAUGCGGUCAAGUUCACUGAGAAAGGCCGCGUCCGGAUCUCUACCGUCUGCACUACCGACGACCAAGAUGAAGGUUGUUUUACUAUAAGGACUGAAGUCGCGGACACCGGGAUUGGCGUCCCUGAAGAUGCGAUCCAUACCCUCUUUACUCCUUUUACCCGAUUCGCCAAUUCAACCACCCGAAAAUAUCAGGGGACAGGACUAGGCCUCUCCAUCUGCAAAAGUUUAGCGGAGCUCAUGAACGGAACAGUAGGAUAUUCACCGAACCCAGAAGGUCAAGGCAGUGUCUUUUGGUUUACCGCCAGGAUGGGAGGUCGAUCGGUUGUCUCUUCCCCCAAGCCCCGCAGCGCUACAUCGACACCCGUUGGCCGCGACCUCAGCGCUGAAAUGCGAUCAGUUGCACCUCACAAACACGUCUUGCUGGUGGAGGAUAAUAUGGUCAACCACACCAUGAUGUUGAAACUACUUCAUAGCAUCGGCUUCACACGAGUUGACGGCGCCUGGAACGGUUCCGAGGCACUGUCGAUGAUCAAGCAAAAACCGUUAUCAUACGACGUCGUGCUAAUGGAUGUGUCCAUGCCGGUCAUGGACGGCCUCGUCGCGACAGGACAGAUCCGGGAUCUGGGGUUGCAAAUGCCGAUUAUCGCCAUCACGGGGAAUGCGCUGAAAGGGGACGCCGAAAGCUACAUUGCCAAGGGCAUGACCGAUUGCAUCGGCAAACCGGUCCACCGUGAUCAACUGCUGAGUACUCUGUGGAAGUGGAUUGGAACGUGA